UCAACUCUAUGGCCAAAUCGGUCAAAUUGAUAACGCAGCUCAUAUUCAUACAGUAAACGCAGUUCGUGCGCCUGACAAUUUUCUGAAAAGAAAUCCCUUCGCUCCACCAGCGAUCAAUACCCCCGAAAAAUAUCUUGGAAUGCGUAAACAUCUGCCGAUAUUUCACCGUCGUUUGAUCACACGGAAUCGCCACGAUUGCCACCAAGCAACUCUAGUGGCAAUGGUUCUUCAGAAGAAAUUAUGUCCGCUAAAAACGGUGUUGAUGAUGCUGUAGCCGAUACUGGCAGUGUUUCUGGUGAAUUUACUGUUGAAAGUGCCGCUAUAGAAAGCGUUAUAAAUUCCACUGAAUUGGCUGAAUCGAUUGAACCGCAGAAACUGGCUACAAAUUUCACUGAAGAUAAUGAUGGCACAUCAAUUCAUGGCCAACAAGAUCAAGAUGAAUGGGAUGAAUGGGAUCCACGAAUUUUUAUGUAUUCAAAUGACUCAGAUGAUGUGCGACCUCAUGUAAAUGCAGUAAAAUUAUAUGUUCAAAGCGCCACGCAACAAGUAAACGAAACAAGUGAUGACAGCUUUGAAAUCGAAAAUUGUCACGAAAUAAAAGGCGGAAAUGAUGGAAACAGCACUUUAGUUGAUGUACGCAAGUACUGCGAUGAACUAGAUCGUUCAAUUGAGGUGGCUAAUAAACAAUUCGACGAAGAUUUCACUGACAUCUAUGGCCUCUUUGGUGGUUGUUCUCUCACUGCAAAUGGCGAAACAAAUUCUGGUUUACCGGUAUUGUCUGAAAUUAGCGAUAACCAAUCAACUAUAAUUCAAGAUCAGAUUGCGAUUAGUCAAAUUAUUGAAGAUGCUGUAAAGAAUGUUGCCGGCGAUAAUUCUGAUGAAUCGGUGGCUGACUCUGUUGGUCGUUCUCAUUGCUUUGAUCUAAUCCGGCGUACUAACGACUUGCCUUUCUCCAUUCAUGGCAAAACAGGCGAAACUCAAGAUCAGACUGCUGGUAUCGCUAUUGAAAGCGUGAAUAGUGGUCACACAGAAUUGCCACCUACCAACUCUAUUGAUCUAAAUAUGAUUUCGACUCCCACAGCUGAUGAGGCUAGUGACAAUGGCUCUAAAGGAGAAAUGAUGUCCGCUAAAAACGGUGUUGAUGAUGCUAUAGCCAAAACUGACAAUGUUUCUUGCGUUUCUGGUGAAUUUACUGUUGAAAGUGCCAUUAAUGAUAUUGGUUUGAUCGAUUCAAAUAAUAAAUCUUCUUCAACAAGCACCAACAAUGCAGCUUUUGGAUCAUUUGGUCGGUCAUUAGAAUUCGAUCCAUUUUUACGAACAAGAAAUGUUCCAUUUCGUAUUGCGGGUCGCCGUCGUUCAAUCUCUGUUUUUAAUACAAUUCCGGAGAUGUCUGAUGUUGAUACACCUGAGCAUUAGUUCUCUCGCAAAAUAUGCGUAAAUUACUUACUUUUAUGUUUAAUUAAAUAAAUAUAAAUGAUUGGAAAAUGUCUCUUAGCUACAUAUUGAUAUCAAACAAAAAUAAAAACACUAUACUACUAAAACA